AUGGAAGAAAACCUUCAAGCAGCAAAACGUUUUUUCAAAGUUAUGACACGUGAUUUUCACACUAAAUUGGCCCUACCAAAAUCUUUUUGUGAAGGUCUAGUAAAUGUAAAGAAAUCAGCAAUUAUAAGGAGUGGCAAGGGAAGCUGGAAGGUCAAGGUCAGCAAAGAUGGUAACAGUAUGGCGUGUUUCGAAAAGGGAUGGGGUGACUUUGUUCGUCAACAUGAGCUCUCUGUUGGAGAUGUUGUCGUGUUUAAACACAUUGGAGAAAUGUAUUUCAACGCUUUUGUUUUUGAUUUUACUGCCUGUGAGAAAGAAUUCGACGAGAGUUUAGCCAAAACAAAUGAAGGAUCUAAUAAUUUGGAAGCCAUCAAGACAAAUGCAGGUGGUUCAUGCCAUGACAGCGAUAAUCCAUAUUUUACCAUAACAAUACAACGCCACAAUUCACCUACAUCCAAAAGCAACUGGGUGCAUAUCCCAGCAGAAUUUUGGAGAUCAAACUGCCUGAAUAAGAAGAGUAGCGUAAAUCUAAGUGAUCCUUCUGGCAAGAAAUGGUUAGUGGAACUAAAAUUUUACGAAAGUGCUGGUAAUAAUCGUGCUAUGAUGUCUCGUGGCUGGAGACAGUUUUAUGAAUCCAACAAGCUCAGAAUUGGAGAUGUUUGCACUUUUGAACUCAAUCACAACCCAGAAGGGUCCACUGUUGCUUCAAUGAAUGUGCAUAUUUUCCCAGCUUCAAAUUGA